AUGGGUAAAUUUGCUGCCACAAGGUUCAAACCGAGCUUCCCACAACCGGACGACAUCCAAGAAGAAGAUGAAAAUGAGAUAGCACCCGAAGAUUCUACAGGUAACGAUAGAACCCGCGGAGAAUCGGCAGAAGAACAUCGUGUGGGUCCCAGGAUAAUCAAAUCCAUUGAUGCUGCUCGAGAUGUCCAACGUCAGGAAGAAGAUAUAGCCCAGUUUGGGUUUUCUCACCCAAGUGUAAAGCGCAUACAGAAUCAAACACGACCACGGAAUAGUCCUAUAGCCACGGGCUCUAGUCCAGUUGUACGAAUGUCAUCGGAUGACAACGUCCCCGAAGCCUACUUCACGGCUCCCGACGUCGAGCCCCAACAAACUACUCCUCCUGCUAGGGCUCUAUCAAAAGGCAAGAAUAAAUCCCAACACCCAAGGGUUCCAGAAAGUGGCGGGAUUGCAAGUUCCUCUUCGUUGCCGUAUAGAAAUAGCUAUGCUACUACCGAUACAUCAGUGUUGGCGACAGAAACCGGGUCGCAGUCGUCCCUAAUACCCCACAAUAAGCAGCCGUCCUCUAUCUCCAAGAGUAGCAGGAAGUUAAGUGAAACCCAGCCAGAGGAGCUACAACCUCAGGAGCCCUGCGGCGAAACCGAUCGGACCGAGGCUGAAUUAGCAGAAUCUCAACGCAACCACGGUUCUAUCGGUCGUGUUAUCUCAGACCGGGUCCGCUUUGGGGUGGAAGAGGGUUUGGAAAGUGGCCAAGGUCGCAUACAGAAACAUUUGGGUUUAUCGAACGAGGCUAGAUCGACUAGAAGACAGAAGCGGCAAGUUCGUCGGAAUGGAGAGGUCUUGAGAGCAGAGAAGAUGUUAGUUCGUAUUGAAGUAACAGCUCAAACGGUACCCGACCUUUAUAACGACAAUGCUAGUCUCAAGAUAGAGACACGUCCAGUGGAAAACUGGAGAGAAUAUCUUGUUGUUUGUCGGCAAGGCUAUGACGAGCAGGUGCCAUAUAUUCUUCAGUUCUACAAAACGCGUGUGAUACCACAAGUCCAAGGUGCAAAGGUGAAGAGGAAAUAUGCACACGAAGUGAGGCUUGGUCAAGGACAGGCCAAUGUGAACCUUUUUUCCUCCUUGGAUAAGACGAUUGUUCUGUGGCAUCCAACUAAGGCAAACAAUACCCAUAUUUUCAUUAUGCGGGCCCGGUCGGCUGCGCAUUCAGUAGAAUGGUAUACAUUCAUUCGAAAAGCCUUGGGCUGGAAACAACCUUCAACUCUAUUCGUUCACGUUCCCGACCUUGAUGUCUCUCUUGUGCUACAAAACCCUUUUGCACAUCUUGCAAAAACCCAACAGGACGAGAAUGAAGGCGCCCUACUAAGUACAAUGAGUGAAGAACAAGCCGUAUCUUCAGGGAUAAUACGUACCUGUAUGGAGACGCUUUCGGAAUGUGUUGAGUGGUCCCAAAUUCUUGACAUUUGGACAAAGUCUGAAAAAAUGGGGUUGGCAUGGCGACGAUAUGACCGAUUAGAAUGGAUUCAGGGAGGGAAUGAGGAGAGAAUGUACGGGACAAUGGCAAUGAGGACCUCGCAUGACUUAGAGCUACGACCGAAACGGCACUACCCAACGUCUACUGUCUUAGAGUCAUGCAAGACACAGAUGAAGGAGCCCUCUCCCAUUGAGGGGUUCUUAAUUCUUCUCACUUCCCAACAAGGCACUCACAGGCGUUGGGGCAGAAAUUUCUCUAAACGCCUUUACUUUUAUAGCGAGGACCAGUAUCUUUGCUUCUGCAAGCCAACUAAGGCAUCUACACCGCCGGCGCCAAAACUUCCUACUAUUCGCAAUAGUCAUGCGUUAACAUCACCCGAAACAAUCAAAGGCUCUCCGGUGAUGUACCCGGUUGACCCGUAUCCGGUUGAGGAUGGUGAAAUAUCAUGGCUACGUAGCGGAAGCAACAAACCGUAUAUCAAACACCGGGAUCAGGCCGCGUUUGCAGAGACUCAACGAAACAAAAAAAACCUUAGCCAAGCGGAAGGGUAUAUCAACUUAUGUCGGGUGUCUGAAAUUCGAGCCUUGUCAGCGGUAGCGGGAGCGGAAGGUCAACAAAAUGGCAAUGGUGGAGGUGAAUCUCAGAACCACGCCAGGCACAGCAGUUUUAGCGGUAGCUUCUCCAGCGCUACCGGCAACGAUUCCAAGCAAGCUAAAAUGGAUCGGAUCUUUGAGCUUGUUCUUGACGACGGUUUGGUGGUUAGGUUACAAGCGUAUAGCAAGCAAACUCGAGACGCAUGGGUCGGGCGAAUGAAUCAAUUAUCCACUUACUGGAAAGCUCGAACGAAGGCGGACAUUACAACCCUAAAAACCGUGAGACAGCGUAACUUGGAAAAGUUAGAUAUCGAUGAGGAGCAAGAGUCCAUUAUUGGACAGUUCGCCCAAAAGUGGGAGGUUGCACGGGCAGAGACAUCACCCGAGCUUUUCAAUGUGUGCGGCCCUUCAGGGUGUCGAGCAAUCAAGGUAUGCAUCGAGCCAUUUACCCCGUUCUCUCCCCUUAAAAGUGUGAACCGUAAUUAA